UGAGAACAUAGGAAGACAAGUCGAGCAUUUUGAAUCAUCUGUAGUGGCUGCAUGACGCAGGCUGGCAGGCUUGAAAGGAGGGAGUAGCAGUAAACAUGACGCGAGAUCACCAUAGCCUGGACAAUUCGCUGGGUGGAGUACGUGGUCAGAACGGUUUCUGCCACCACAACCAGUCGGAGAUGACCGCACGCAUGCGGAGCUACACCAACGUGACUUCUGGCGAUGCGAAUGCCCUGAAGGUGGCGCUGUUCAAGCAGGGUCCUGUGGCGGUCAGCAUUGAUGCUGGGCAUCGCUCUUUCGUCUUCUACAACAACGGCGUGUACUUUGAGCCCGCUUGCGGCAACAAGACUGAGGACCUUGACCAUGCAGUGCUGGCAGUGGGGUACGGUGCCCUGAAUGGGGAGCCUUACUGGCUGGUGAAGAACUCCUGGUCUACUUACUGGGGAAAUGAUGGCUAUGUGCUAAUGUCCAUGAAGGACAACAACUGUGGCGUGGCCACCGACGCCACUUAUGUCACACUGGCCUGAGCUGAGCGCCCUCUGCUGCUUGCUGGGACAACUGCAGGAAAGCUUUCUGUUGUGUGGGUUUCUGUUUUAUUUGGGGAGCGGUGGGUGUCGGUACAACCCAAAAAGUCAUUUGUUAUUGAUGGUGUCGAGUUUUGCCAGGGGGGGUGGGGUUACAGGGAGCAUUCUGCCUGGGGUUGUUUGCUGGCCACUCUCCUCACAGUGCCUCACAUGACCACUUGCUAAAGCACUUUUAAAUUCAGCACUGGCCUGUGUUUGAAUAAAGAUGGUACUUUU